GGGAAAUUUGAAUUUGCUGUUGCCUCUUUUUUGGCUGUUUGUAAAGAGCGGAGGAACUUUGCGUUAUUUAAUAGUAUCCUUAGAUGACUGCUAGAAAGCAUGGAACCAUCAAAAGAAGAUAUAAAAUUUAUUACUGAUGAGACACUGGAUUUUGGACAGUUUUCUCCUUUGGAUGGCAUUGAUGGCUGCUAUAGACAAGAAGAGGAAGAGUCUAUAACUCGCCCCCUUGGGCUCAGUGACAAGAGUGUGGCACAAGCAGUUGAUCUGAACAUUUUGUUGGGGGAGAACGAUGAAAGGGCCAGAGAGCAAAUUCUCCAGUGGAGCCCCCUGACUCCAGAGAAGCUGGAAGAGGUCAUGAAAGAAGCUAACCUGCUGGCUGUGCAGCUUGAGAAAUGUCAGCUGCUGGAAAAGCAGAAUGUCAAUUCUGAAACAAAGCUUGAGACAGUUCUAGAACAUGAGCUUUUACCUCCAAGUAGGUUCAUGUGUGCAGAGACCGAGAGUCCCCAGAACUCCCGGAGAAAGACUUUCAAUGUGAACAACAGUCCUCUGAAAGCUCUGCUCCCAACAGUGGAACCAGUUACCUGCUUGGCACAAGGUUCCCCCAAAGCUCUCUUCUCCAAGGGGGGAAAUCCUCAUUCCUGCCUUGUGGACUUGCCUAGUCCCAGGAGACUCCAAAAUGUAUCUUAUGUUUGCAGUCCCGAUGUUCCCCAGUCUAAGCUCUCUGAACCCAAGGCCUUGAUGACCAGAGUGACAUCUGGCACUAAAAAGCCUCAGGCAACUAUCAGGAGCAGCAGGACAGAUAAACCACUUGUCCUCCCCACUGCCACAAAAGGCCAGGAGCCUUUGCUGCGUUUGAAACCUCUCCCUCAAACCAGCAGAAGGAAAAUGCUGAGGAAGACAGAAGCUUCUGCUAAAAACUGUCCUGAUCAAGAUCCACAGAUAUAUCUGCAGGUCUCAUCUAGCAGAGGGACAGUGCCUGUGGCACAAGUGAAAGGAAAGCUGAAUCCUCAGCUGCGUCUCUUGCAGACCAGCCCUGUGAAAAGAAUUCCAGCUGCUCCAGAAAAGAUGGUACCUCUCCAGAAGAUAAAUGCAAGUCAGGUGAAAACUAUGGGAGGCCAUAGCCCCAAAACACAAGCCAGCUCCAAGCCUCGUGGUGGCUCUUUUCAGGUUCAAUCAAGGCGCACUGGCACAUCUGCACUGGCAAGCCAACUCCCAGUGCCAAAGCCAACCAGUCAUACUGCUGCUGUUUUAGGUAGACGUACAGUUCCUGGGAAAUCCAGCCAGCUUAAACCAAUCAGUUCAGAAACAUCUGGUGGGCAGGGAUCCAUUAGAGUAACUUCUGUGGCUGGGAAGAAAGCUGCAUGUCAGAAGCCAGUCCCUUCUGGCACUUUUCAGAACAGCAGGCUGCGGCUGCCAAAGAAGACAACUUCUAGCAAUUCAAGGUGAGGGACUGGCUCCCUGGGUUUUGAAGCCACUUAAGAGGUCCUGCCUCACCAAUGUGAAUGAAAUAACAUUGGCUCCCUGAAGAUAGUCUAUGGGAAGAAAGUCAACCCAUGUAUUAUCUGGAAUGCUCAUCUGAUGAAUAUUCUGGAUACUGAAUGCUUGUGGAUCUGACGGCUAGCAGCUGAAAAUCUAUCCAUGUUGUUUAUAAAAGCAAAAUCCCAGUCCUUAGAUUUAAAAAAUGUACAUUAUUGAUUGUUCUAAAUAAUGGAAUAGAUUUGAGGUGUAUGUAAAAAAUGAAUAUAAUACAAAUGUUAAGUGCAUGCUGAUUCCAAACAUUUGUGAAGCUGUCCUAACUCUCUACUCCACCUGUCCUUUAAGAUAAUACUACCAGCCAUUACUAAAAUCUUGGGAACAAGCCAGAAAGAACUGAUAAUCUGGAAUGAUGCCUUCCUUUUGAAGAUAAAGCUGCUUUGGUCUUCUGUCACAGGAAACUCUUGUAAUCACUUCUUUCAGGACAACUUUCAAAGCUUACACUGUGCAUCUCCUCUAAUGUUAUCACACUCUGGGUUUGUGGUUUGAGGAUAUGGAGUAAGAAGCAUUACCAGCUCUUGUCCUGUCAUUACAUUCCUUAGAUUUAUAGAUGAAACUUGUGUGGCUGGAAGUCUGUUUGAGCUGCAGCCUAUGAAGCUUUGCUGAGAUGUUGCUGAAAGGGAAAACUUUGGCUCCUCUAUACCAAUGCAAACUCUCCUUACUUCUUGAUGGUUGGUUUAGCUUAAGACUUCAUUAGAAAAAAACAGUCUUACUGGAGCUCAGUGGAAUACUUAGUCUCUUACAAGGAAUACCAUUAUACAGCAUAGAGCUGUAAAGAAGCAUUAUGUAAUACUGAAUAACAUAUGCACUGUUGAUCACUUUGAUACUUUAAAAGUAAACACUAACAUACAAUUUCAGUUGUUAUAUGUAAGGACUUAAUUGUUUCUUUUGGUUAAACUUAAGAGUAAGAAAGCUUCUGAUUCUUAUUAUGUGAAAGGCUACACAGCUCUUAUUUCAAACCCCUUAUCUUUUCAUACUUAUUCCAUACCUCCUCUUUAUAUUAAACUGAGGAUGGUCAGUGGUACUACUAUUUAUUCACAGAGCUCCUGCGCUAUUAAUAGUUGCAUAAAAGUUAGGAACCUAGACAGAGAUGGAAAAAAAAAUCAACUUCCUCUAUCUGUUAUACAGUUGCUAAAGAUAAAGAUUUAUCCCAAGACACAAAUCACAUUCAUAUAAUUAGCAUUUUUCUAUUAUUCCUGAGUAUUAGUGCAUUUGUGGCUUAGACCCUCCUUCCUUAAAAAGAUGGAAAAGCAAUACACAAUAUUGAAAAUACACUUGCUUGCAAGCCAGUUUUGUACAAAGACCUACAUAAAGAUCAAAGAAUAGUUUUAAAUAGCUGCAGUGGAAUUCUUAGAAGCUCAGUUUUGAACAGAUCUACCUGUCUGCCUUCAUCAGCCAUCUACUUAAAUUUGCAACAAUCUACCACAGAGGAAGAUGCCUUGGACAAAAUUUUCAGCUUCUUCCUACUCUAAAUUAAAAUGGUGCUUCCCCAAUGUGCAAUAUAGCUGUGAGUGAAGGAGGUUGAGACUAUUUAGCAAUCACUGCACAGAAAGUGAUGUAUUAAUGUGUUAAACUCUGCAAUACUGUAUUAGUUUCAAGACUAUACAUUGACAGGACUCUAUCCAAAGUCUGUGGAAUGAUUCUUGGAUAUGUGGAAAUUCUUCCUCCGGCAAAUACUAAGGAAUGGAAUGUGAAUAAUUCUUUGCAGCUUAAGUAGUUGCAACAGUGAAGUACAUAAAUCCUUAUGCCUUGUGUAAGAUUGAGAGAGCAAAUACUGUGACAAAAUGCAGUAUCAAUUCUUCCACUAUAUUCAUGUAUGUUGUAGCUAAAUUUACUAAUUUCUGAAAAAUAUAUGCUUUUCUAAUAAAAAAUACA